AAGCGUAUGGUCCCCCCAGAGCGUAUAUUGCACGAUCUGUCGAGAGGGCGAUUGUGGAAUACUCGCGAGCAAUCAAAAGUAACUCGACUAUUGGAAUCAACUCUGGCAACAUCAUGCUUGGCUUGGCACAGGUCCGACAAAUGGAGGUCAAACACACUACCACAAUUACAACAGCAAGUCUCCUACAAUGUGAUCCCUCUGCUGGUUGGCCCAUUGACCGAGAAGGUAGCAAUGUUGGUACUGAUUCUGACAUUGAGUUCUGGGGGCCUUUGAGGAAAAGAACGAUUGUUGAUAGUUUUGGAGGCAUUUCUUGUCUUCCAGAGCUUCUUCAAAAGUUCUACGAAUCAAAGGGGGAAGAGUGUAGUAUGAUUGAAGCAGCCAUUAAAACAAGCCGUAAGGCAUUUGUAAAUGGUUGUGUUAUUGACUCUACACUCGACCAUAAUUGUGUAAGAGAGGCACAUAACGUCAGACUUCAGGUUCAGGUUGAUAAGAACCGCAACAUACAUUCUGCAUACUCCCCGGUUUACAAGGAUUUCUUCGGGAAAGUUGUUGUCUUUUUUGAGCACAAGCUCAACAACAAGAGAUGGCCGCUUGCUCUUGUAGAGAUUGCAGCAGUCCGUUUGGUGAAUAAUAUACCAGCCAUCAACAAUGGGCAAAUGAAGCCAAAGGUAGUUCACCUGGCAGAUGUCAAAGAAUUAGUUGUUUUGGUGAAGUCGGACGCAACUAUAAAUACAAUAACAGUAACAACAUAUAUAGUGUGGCCAGAGCUUAACUGCGGCCCAAAAUUGUCACUUGGUUCUCUUGCAGACUUAUAAUUUGAUUUCUUUCUUCUUGUAAUAAAUUCUUUCUUUGAAACUG